AGUGUCUCUCCAGCAUCAGAGGGGGGAAGUUGUGCGCCGCUUCUCUGAAACUCCCGAAUAGAAAUGAUACUAAAAUUUAUUAAAAUGGUGGCGAUUUAAAGGUUAAGGUCACGUGACUAGUAGCUGACCUCCGUGACCUGACCCCCAGUUGACCUCAGGAAGCGCUAGGUCCACGCACACGCAAUGCCACACAAAUUGCUAUUCCAGAUUGCCCACGUGACAAGUGAAGAUGAGGGCGGGAGGGCGCGGGACCUCCUCCAGCAAGGCCCAGGGGCGCGCGGGUGGGCCUCAGCAAGGUUCUGUGUUUACCCGCAAGAGGUAAUCAUUAAGUUUCAAGAGAGAUCACACCUAACAAGACUUCAGAUAUUGGCACAUCAGCACCUUAUCCCUGAAAGGAUAGAAAUUCACAUAGGUGACGUGGGGCCUGAGGAAGACGUCACCCUGCACCACGCCUCCUUCACCCUUCUGGGCCACGUGAAGCUGUCAGACAACACCCACAGUGACUUUAGAGCGCGAGAACUCAAAUCUGUGUCAUUGGAGUCCACGGGGCUGUUUCUCAAGCUUGUGUUGUAUAAGAAUCACAUCAAUAAGCUUAAUCUUUACAAUCAGGUGGGCGUGGUGGGCGUGAACGUCUUAGGGAAUGAGAUUGAAGACAACAACAACAGUGUGUCCCCCGACGGUGAGGGGGGCGUGGUCCCUGGGGGGCGUGGGGGGGGGAGAAGUACCCAUCUACCACGACCUCGCGUUUUCUAUGUACGUGGAUGGUCAAGUGGCGGCAACCAUUCGUAAUCUGGAGGAAAGAAGGCGUGUCGCUGAGGCAGAACGGAGAUAUCAGUACUCUGCUAAACUUUGUGCCGCCGUGUCGCAACUCAGGGCGGCUGGAGAGAGACUUGGAAAAUACGAAAUUGAGAAAAAACACGCCAUACAACAGGAACAUUACGAGCGAGCCAAGGAGAAGAAGGAACAGGCAGAGAAAU